UUGGCGUUUAGAACGUGCGGACCUUCAUCGCUCUCUAAAAAAAAUUCGCAUUAAAUAAAACAUUUAACCGAAAAUGGCAAAAGAUAACUUAACCGCUGUUUUACAUGGCAUUAACGACUUGCGAUUGGAGCAACGUCCUAUACCUGAAAUAUCCGAUGAGGAGGUUUUGGUGGCGAUGGAUAGCGUCGGUAUUUGCGGCUCCGAUGUGCAUUAUCUGACAAAGGGUCGGAUCGGGCACUUUGUGGUCACGAAGCCCAUGGUCAUUGGCCAUGAAAGUGCAGGCGUGGUGGCCAAAGUGGGUAGCAAGGUUAAGAACCUCGUUGUGGGCGAUCGGAUCGCCAUUGAGCCGGGCGUGCCUUGCUAUAAAUGCGAUCACUGCAAGCAGGGCAGCUAUAAUCUAUGCCCUGAUAUGGCAUUCUGUGCCACGCCACCCUACGACGGCAAUCUGACCCGGUACUACAAGCAUGCUGCGGACUUUUGUUUCAAGCUACCCGACCACGUCACGAUGGAGGAAGCUGCCCUCUUAGAACCGCUGUCGGUGGGCGUGCAUGCUUGCCGCCGUGCUGGCGUCGGGUUAGGCUCUAAGGUGCUUAUCCUGGGCGCAGGACCCAUUGGAUUGGUUACUCUACUGGUCGCGCAAUCUUUGGGUGCUACGGAGAUUUUGAUCACGGAUCUGGUGCAACAGCGUCUGGAUGUUGCUAAAGAACUCGGCGCCACACACACCCUGCUGCUGAAUCGCGAUGAUUCCGGAGAAGAAGUCGCGAAUCGUGUGCGUCAGAUAAUGAGUGCGGAACCUGAUAAGGCUAUCGACUGUUGUGGAGCGGAAAGCAGCACUCGGCUCGCGAUCUUUGCAACGCGAUCUGGAGGUGUUGUUGUUAUCGUGGGCAUGGGACCGCCGGAAAUGAAGCUUCCUCUGUUUAAUGCCCUGGCUCGAGAGGUGGACAUUCGCGGUGUGUUCCGAUACUGUAACGACUAUUCCGCUGCCCUGGCGCUGGUUGCCUCCGGUAGGGUGAAUGUAAAGCGCCUUGUCACACAUCAUUUCGACAUUACGGAGACCGCGAAGGCAUUUGAAACAGCUCGGGAUGGUCUGGACGGGGCCAUCAAAGUUAUGAUUCAUGUACAGCCGAGAAAUACCAAUAAUUCUGUCGAAUUUUAACUAUACGUUGAAGCAAUCCUUGUAAAAUAAUUCAAAAAUUUUUAAUGAAAUGUUUUUGGACACAACAUUAGUUUAGUGUAACAAAUUUUAUGUUUGAGAGCGUUUCGAUUAUUAUCUAAAUUAAUAGUUACACAUUUAAGCAGUUUUAUCUGUAGAUUUAAAUGGCCAAUAGAAAUAUUCAGAGAUUAUCGCGUAGCCUACAAGGCUUUUUACCCAGCAGGUGUCUGCGACAUUUGCAUAAUGAAGGAGCUAGCCUCGAUGAUCUGAUCAAGAAACGUAUGCUAAAGCUAUUGAUGCCAAAUGAAGCUUCGGCCACUUGCUGUAUAAUCCAUGAUACCAGUACAUUCCUCGCGGACAAGACUCCAAGAGAUGAAACAAUCGAUGCUCCACAGGAGAAGACCCCAAAAUCCUUUAUCCUUAUGUGCCAAAAGUCAACCGUAAGAAACAGCAAUUCAACGUUUAAAACGAGAGGACUUCUUUCAGUAAAUGAAAAUGAUGUUAUCUCAACUAAUCGCUGCUACAGCAAAAUUUCCAAGGAUUACCGACGUUUGGCAAGUACAACAAAAAGCAAGCAAUUAUUGUACUUUAUGUACUUCCAGUUUUGCAUGCCGAGGCAAGUUCCUUUGCACAAACUAAAAGAUAAUGAAAUGAGCACUUGUGGUGUUUGUCGGACAGAUCCUCACUGUCCGGAAUUCGGCGGCAUCGAUCAGAUUAAGGUGAAAAAAGUUAUGACCAUUGGCCAGGAAUGUUCCGGAGUAAUGGUUGAUGUGGAACGCAAGGCUAUAAAUCCUUAAUGGAUAUAUUUUUAAUAAGGUACCACCAACAUCCGGUUAACAUCUGCUAUAAACUGCCCGAUCAUGUGACCAUGGAAGAGGGUGCCAGUGGCCUGGUGCUUCAGGGUCCUUGUUCUGGGUGCAUAACCAAUUUCUACAGAGCAACGACUUCAGGAUGUGGCUAAGGAAGCUGAAGACCAAACGUGGUGCUAAAGAGAAGCCUCACAAGUCAAAUGACGUUUGAAAGAUCCCGUGAUACUCUAGACGUUGCAAUUAAAAUUAUAAUCAAUUGCAAUCCAGGGACACCAAUAAUUUCUAUAUAUUUCAGCCAAGUGCCUUCUGUUCAGUUUUUAAUAAAAUUUUAGGAGCAGACCUCUACUUAACAGUAA